AUGCGAUCAACACGAGUAAACAAGGGCUGGCUUGGUUGUGGCGACUUGAGCGAGCCUGUCGAGUACGCUGCGCCAGGUAUGGGUCGCGGCAGGCCGCAGCAGGUUAUGGCUGCUUUCGUGGGUUCCAUACCCGCGUACCGCUGCAGCUCGUUAACUGUUCAAAACCGCCGCUUUUAUGGAAAGCAGGUUGCAACAAAACGUCCAUACAGGGGAUACGUUGUUCGCGAGCGGCAGCUUGUUUCGUUUCCGACGCAGCCGCAUUGCCAAGAGCACCCUGGUUCCAUACCAAACUCGAAUAGGCGGCGUACAUCAGGCGACUCGCGGCAAAAGCCAGUGGGAAACGCUUUCUAUCAGGCCGCGCGCACUACAGAAGCGUCUCCGCGGUACAGAACAGAACCUUUGACGAGUCGAAUGAGCAUACAGCGUGGACGUCCAUCUUUUCGCGGUAUUCCCGACGGUAUUCACCUGCAAGCCCUCUUUAUCGUGUUGUGCGUCUUCGGCUUAUUCACGCUGUCAAGCUGGGCGCCGAAUAGACGCUUCUCUAUGAUGGGCAUCCUCGCGUGCAUCGCUUGUGUGCUCGUGCUGCUGCUGUCCAGCAGUCGACGGCUGAGCACCGCGUCUCCUGAUGACCUCGCGAGCGACGAGGACGACGUCGAUGACGCAUCAAAGCGAAUCAAGGCGACACUACGCUCAAGGCAUCAUCACCACCGUCUUCGUCGUCUGAACCUUGAAGAUUUGGCGCUCGUGCUCGGUUGGAGUGGAGGUUCUGACCUUGUGCUUCGCGGGCUGCCGCCUGCGGAUCGUCUGCGGCAGCGCAGCAGACGCCGUGGUGCACAGGCUUCCGCUCGUGACGCCUAUGCCGGUGCCGGCUGGUUCUCCGACACUGACUCCACUGAUAUCGCACAAGCUUCGAGCAGACCUCGUUCGGAUGCUGCUCGACGACCGCUUCGGAGGCUGCAGUCUGGAUCGGAAGAGCAAGUGCUUCCGUUUCCAGAGAGUGAUUCGUAUAGCUCGCUCUUUAAGAAUCAUCGAAGGGAGUGGCAGGCGGAUAGCACUCUGGAAGAAGAUGUUGAUGGGUACGUUCAAGGGGGAACAGCGGCUGGAACGGCGUCGCACGGCGAGGAUGAUACUUUUGGUCUGGGCGCGUGGACGAUUCUGGACGGUAUGGACGGAAACGAGCCGGAUCUGGGAGAGGAUCUAAGGCCAGCAAGAUCACCGGCAAUAUUUUCACGUCAUGAUGCGACGGAACAAACCGAAAGAGACUUUACACUUGAUGCACAGGGCGGGACUGGAGUGCUGCAAAGCAACAUCGUUCACGUCGGGCGGGCGGCGCCCGAGUCAGUUACUGCUGCAGUGGCCGAUUCUUCCUCCUCGAUAGCCAUCGUUCCAGUAGAAGUGCUGAGCCCUGAUGAUGAUGAUGAUGAUGAUGACGAUGAUGACGACAUCAUGGAGCGUGUCCGCUACGAGCGUUCCAAGCGGCGGCGACCUGCAAGGCGUCGUCUUGGUGUUGAGGGCGUUGUUCGCGUUGGCGGUGGCGGUGGCUUCCCUGAAAACCGGUUCGAUUUCGAUGCCUCCACCAAAGAUGAGGUACGCUUCUCCGCUGGUGCUCGAACGGCUCGAGCCACGUCCCGAAGAGCCGCUACUUGGGAUCCCAACUCCGUCCAGAGUGAAUCAACCGUUGCCGCGGAGGAUGUCUACUUCAUGAAUAGAGCCCAGCGUUCCAGCACCAGUGCCCGUGGACGCCAAACUCUUUUGCGAUCCGUUUUUCUGCCUUUAUGGCAAAUAAGCCGCAUGGUGUAUCGCGAUCUUCAGACGAAGUAUGGAACGACGAGCACGAUUUCACAACCUUCACAACCACAACCCCGGAGGACUGCAUCCUCGGGUGCUGUCGCGAGUGGUGGUGGUGGCGAUGUACCCGCUGAAGGCAGCAAUGCAUUUUACGCUGAGGGUUUCGAAGCGCCGUCUGGUCCAGACGUUUUUCAGGACGCAGCACGGUGGGUAUCACGCUCCGCCCCAGGCUUAUGGCGAACGCUUUUCGGACCUUGA